AUGUUCCCGCUCGACGUCCUUCACGCCGGCGGACUCUUGAUCACAGUUGCUAUCGGUGCUACUUCGAUGCUGGCACCUCAGUACCUGGCCGGCUGCACCGCAACAGAACUCGCAAAGCAUGGGGAGUCGAAAGAUGACUUGUUCGAUGAGUCCCACUUCACGACGUGGAAGCGUGCCUACCCAACCCAGGUAGAGAAGGUGCAUUGUGGUGUGUUUGACAGGAUGAUCGAGGAUGUCAAGUUCAGGAACGAGGACGACUUCAAGGUCCCUUCGGUGCACAUGCAGGAGAGGGUCUGA